GUUUCAGUCAAACUGAGGGUAGUGAGGUGAGCCGGUAGUGUUGCUCUGGAAAAUGGACUUCACAGAGGCAUACUCUGAUACCUGUUCAGCAGCUGGACUUGCUGCAAGGAAGGGAAAUGUAGAACUUUUGAAAGCACUGAUCAAAAAAGGUCAUAGCCUUGAUAUUGCAGACAACCGUGGUUGGUAUCCAAUUCAUGAAGCCGCAUCACACAAAACAUCGAAAUGUUUGAGACUUUUACUACAAGCAGCUUCAUUGAAAUCGGCUGUAGAGUUGAAGACUUUUGAAGGUGAAACAGCUCUUCAUCUUGCUGCUAAACGUGGUUAUUUAAAAAUCGUCCAGAUUCUGCUACAGGCUGGAGCAAAUCCAAAUGCCAUCACUAAUGAAAAUAUAACUCCACUUUUUUUAGCAACAGAGAUGGGCCACAUUGCAGUUAUAAGGAUGUUGUUAAAAUAUGGAGCAAGGAUUAAUGGAUCCCAUUCAGCAUGCUUAUGGAGUGUUGUGCACCAGGCUGCUUAUCAGGGACACUUAGAAGUAUUGCAGUUCUUACUUGAAAAAGGGGCUGAUAAAGAAUCUAUGGAUGACUAUGGAAUUACACCAUUGUUUCUUGCUGCACAGUAUGGGAAGCUGGAAAGUUUACGAAUCCUUGUACAACAUGGUGGUAAUGUUAAUUGCCAGACUUAUGAUAAGGCCACACCAUUGUUCAUAGCUGCUCAGGAAGGCCAUGUGGAAUGUGUUGAACUGUUGCUGUCACAUGGGGCUGAUGCAAACCUUUAUUGCAACGAAGAUAAUUGGCAGUUACCUAUUCAUGCUGCUGCCCAGAUGGGUAAAGUCAACGUGCUGGAAUUUCUAAUACCGAUUACUGAUCGAAUAUGUGAUAAAGGGGCAAGUAAAGUGAGCCCUGUCUAUUCAGCAGUGUAUGGAGGACACCAAGAAUGCUUGAAAAUGCUGCUGCAAGCUGGCUACAGUCCUGAUGCUCAAGAGUGUCCAUUGUAUGAGUGCCUGUCACCCUUGUGCAUGGCUUUCUCUCAGAGAUUUUCUACAAUUCCCAUUCUCCUCAAAGCUGGAGCUGUUAUAACAGGUCUUCACUAUUCCUAUUGUCUGCAAUAUCACUACUUCCACUUACUGCAGUUUCUUCUGGAACAAGGCUACUCAUUACCAUCAGGCAGUCAUUUAGCUGGCAUUAUAAAAUAUGGAUUAUUAUCAGAACAACAGUUUAAGCACUGGUUACCUCACCUUUUAUUAGCUGGAUUGAAUCCUGUGGAUUUGCUUAGUGAAGCUUGGCUAAAUACAGCCAGUGACAGCAUGCUUAAUUUUACACUUGAGUUUACAAACUGGAAAAGGCUUCCUCUGGUUGUGGCCCAAAUACUUUACUGUCGCAUCACAACCUCUAGUUGGAUGGGGCAGACAUAUUUUGAUGAUAUUCCUCCUCUGACACACCUCAGCCGUUUAAAAAUUCGAUCAACACUGAAAAGUGAACAUCUUCGUUCUGAUAAAUUUAUUCGCCAGUUACCACUCCCAUCUUGUCUGCAUGACUUUCUUCUUUACAAGGACAUAUUGAAAUUGUAUGGAAUUCCUGAAAUUUCAGAGAAUCGAGAAGAAAUGGAAGCAGUUAAUAGUUAUGUUGAAAAUUCGGAAAAUUGAUUAAAGAAAACAUCAGAUAUGGAAGGUAACAAGCCCAAAGGUGCGCUGGGGCAGCCACAAGUGUCACUAUGCAUUCCGGUGUAGCAUAACAUGCCCACAAUGUUCAGGUGAACAACACAAGCAGCAAUAACAACAGCAGUAGAACAAAACAAAACAGCAAAACAAGCUCUUUCCCACCUUCCCAUCAUUGCACUCCCUCACGCGCACACAGGCAGGCCUCCAGCCCCAAGGCAGGCUGCCUCCAGUACUUGGCUCUGGAUUCUCGGAUGUUGGGCCUCAACCUCCAGUUCUUGACCUGGAGUCACAGGCUCGACCUUCAGGCCUGUGCCUCUGGAUUCGCUGUCUUCUGUCUUCGAACUUUGGGCUUUCUACCUCUUGACUUGCAGAGCUGUGGACUGUGGCCUUUGGCUUUGCCCUUUUGACUACCGACCUCUGAGUAUUGACCCCAGGACUCUCCGAUCACUGUUUUGACCUUUAAGCCCUGACCGACCCUACCUCUGAACAUUUCGGGUCUCAACUUCCAGACUCUCACAGACCGCUGAUGGCCGGUGGCCUGGCUCCUACCAUUCUUGUAAAAGUUGCCUUGUAAAUCUAAAUUAAACUUUUUCCUUCUCUUUAAUCCCACAGUUGUUCAGCACCCACUUGUAUGUCAUUUUGUGGGCCUUAUCAUGAGGCCUGACUAGCUGUUUGACAAUGGUAAUAAUUACAGUCAAGAAUAAUUCUGUUUUCAGCCAGCAUGUCCACCUACAUCAAGGUUUUGCAACAUGCUCGUGGGCUGAAAGCCAAUUCUCCCCUUUUAUGUAGAGACAAAGCAAACAAAAGCAUACAAAUGUGUAUGGAGCCUGACAAGAUCAAAACAGGAAUAAUUUUCUUCAGUUUUACAAUUGACAGUAAGCUAGAGAGUCAUAGAAACAUAAAGCACUGAAAUAGGCUCCUGGAUGCACCGUCCAUGCUAUUUAUCAUAUUUAUGACUGAGAUGAGGUGAAUUUUUCUUCACCCAGAUGACAGUGAAUCUCCAGGAUUCUCUUCUGGUGAGGGUUGGAGAGGGUCUGUACUGACUAUAUUCAAAGAUAGAAAUAAAUAGACUUUUGGAUAUUAAAAAAAUGAAGAACUAUGGUAGCAUAGCAGUUAGCGCGGCACUCUCACAGUUCAGAGCAUUCCAGAGUUCAGAGUUCAAUUCUAGCAGCGUCUGUAAGGAGUUUGUACGUUGACUCGUGAAACGCGUGGGUUUCUUCUGGCUGCUUCUGUUUCAUCCCACACUCCAAAGAUGUACUGAUUAGUAGGUGAAUUGCUUAUUAUAAAUUGUCCUGUGAUAAAACUAGUUUUAAAUAGGCGGUUCCACAUUGUAUCUUAAAUAAAUAAAUACAUAACUAAACUGAUAAAUAAAUUAAAAAACUAGUUAGUCAUACAGAACUAAACAGGCUCCGUAAUCCACUAUGUCAAUGCCCAUCUUUGAUAAAGGGAUCUUCCAGCUUGGGCAUCCCCAGACUUCCCUCCUGUACUCUUGAAUGCUGGGGUGGUAGACAUUGUACUGUCACCAUCCAAACGUCCAUCAUAUUGAAUAAAAUUGUAGAAAGCUGAUUGCCCUGAUUCAUUCCUUUAAGUGGAAAAUCUGUAAAAUGUUUAUACCCACGUGACCAAGGACCUUAAUAUGUUUUUGUCAAAUGCCUUGAUGAAAUUAAAAAACGACAGCAAGGUCUUUUCAUUGCUCUAGACACCUGUUAAUGAUUUAAGAUUGUGAUAUUUUGAUCAUAAUUGGGGGUCAUCUUUAAAUACUCCUGUAGUCAUUCAGAGUCAUAUCAACCAAUCUUACAGCUAAUGUUUUUGCAAAAGUCCAGAGUUAAAUCAAACUAACAGUUACCAGCUUUCAGUUAUCAAUGGUUUGAAACUUAAUUCAGUUAUUUUGUCUUGAGAGUGCCUUUUGUUGAUGUCAUCUGGAAUUUUAACAUAUUUAAUCUGCGAGAAAUAAAACUGUGUUGUAACCUCAGAUAUCUUUCGUGACUUCAUCUAAAAUCAUACAGUCCCACUUGGCAGCAGGUUUGUUUUUAUCAAGUCACACUGAUGAUUACUAAUAAAUUCUCAUUCCUAGCUCAAG